UGGCAUAGUCUAUGAGCAUUCUACCCGUAUCUCGUGCUCAUGUCUACCGAAUAUAUGUACCUGCUGAGUUCAUCAUGAUAGCUUUGAGCAUUUAGUAUGUAUGUAUAUAGUUGGUGUCUGUCACUAUACCCCUUACUAUCACUACACUUCUAAUCUAUCGCCAUCGCAUCACAUCAACGCACAAAGCACACACACACACACACUUCAAAAACUUAAUCAAAACCUCAAGUAUCUUCCAAUCUUCCAAAAAACAUCUAUCAUUCAUGUCAUAGACCCCUAUCCCUCCUCCCUCCCUCCUCCCCCUCCACCACAAAGCAAAAAAAAUAAACGCUGAUGAACAUGAGAUGUACCAUACAUGGUAUAGCAUAGCGUAUAUACACACAUAUAUAUGUAUACCCAAAACAUGCACAUGGCCACCAGAAACCAAAAAAAAAGAAAGACGCUGAUAU